CUCUCGCGUCGUUGCCAGGUACUGGAAACCGAUCUCAAAAUUAAACCCGGACCAUGACCAAUCGAUGACGAUUGCACCUUUUUUUCGUUUCUCUGCGAUGUUAUUAUUAUUAGUCUUCACGCAAGCCUCACCAACGGCUGGUUAUGUGAUCUAUGGCUCAAUGGGCUAAAAAAAAACCUCAUCCACAGCCAUCUCCAGGUCGAAGAGCUGUUUUCCGGCAGCUAACCAAACAAUGCAAUUGUCUCCAUAAACAAAGCUUGAUCAUGCUCUUUGAUGCAUGUACCAUGUCACGUCACCAAGGGAGCAAUACCAGCGCGUGAGAAGUUCGGAGAUGAUCGACUUGCAAACGCCUUCGGGCAGCAUCUGGUUUUUCAAUCUUCUUCGCGCUUCUAGUGUCUAGCGUCCAACGUCCCCUUCGUUAAAUUGGCACCGACCCGACCGAUGAAUUCAUUGUAUAGCAUUCAUUCUAUCCCAUGGUUUGGCAUUGUUUGACUCAUCAGAUAUUCAGAUUCCAUUUCUUUUCCCGGGGUACGAUCACAUGGGCUAUGGAUAGAUACGCGAUGAUGCUCGACCCUUGAGCACGAAGACGAUCCCUAUAUGCCUGAUCAAUACUGCCUGAAACAACAUAUUUCUUUCAUGUGUGGAGUAGAACUUAUAACUCACAUAGGCCAUCAUUUCUAAAAUAAUCAUUUCAAUAUGAGCUCUUUCUUUUGACAGCCAAGUCGCAAAUACAGUGCAGUGCAUACGUACUGCGUCUGUACCAAGCGCAGCAACGACCAGUCAUUUAACCAAUUAGUAGUAGUCUUAGUGAGAUCAAGACUGGUUUCAUACCAGGACACAAACAGCAUUCCUUACCGGCAAUUCUCAUUCAAUGAAAUUUAAUGUCUUCAUCGGAUAGUUGUUGUGUCCGUCCGUCGAUUUGCCAUGCCAAAUGUCGUUAAGCCAACCGCGGAUUAUCGUUGUUCCGGAGAAUAGCCCAACUUCAAUGCUCCAGCAGUUCGUUCUCCAAUAACGUAUUCAAUGUGGACCACCACGUUCUCUCGUACGGCGUCUGAAUGACGGACCUUUAAGCUCGGCCUCUCAAUGGAUGGGGUGCAAUUUACAUGAUGCGCCGGCUGGCUGGCUUCAGUUGCCUCAUUGGAUUUUAUAUAGGAUUCAGGUGUGGAGGCCAAGAUGGUUGCUUUGAUUGACUAAAUGCAUAUCGUGAUGGUGGUUCAGACCAUCCUGGCAUGUGCAAACCAGGAAGAACAACACCGUUCAGGAAUCACGCUCCGUAUAUGCUAUUUGGGUGUGGCACUUGACAUUCCCGAGUGCGUUGGUUGUGCCUAGAAUAAGGCAUUAUGCCACAUUAUUCCUCUUCUUUGGGAAGGCAGGUAUUGUCGUCGCCAGCAAUCUGAAUUUUUUUUUUUUUUUUAAACCACAUUGUGCCUUAGGGCAUUUGGGCAACUGAGCAGUGAACAGGCAGGCAGCUCGAUGAGUAAAUCCUCCACAGAUAGAUCUAGUGGGCCAUGGUUUCUUUCUGAGCUUCUGGGAGCAGCCAGCUGCUCUACUAUUGAGCGCUUGCUUGGUUUGAAGGUGAACCCCCGUCCUAGGAGCGACCUCCGUUCAUAGCGCUCUCUUCUAUGCAUCUCAGGCCAGAAACUCGAGUGGGCGCUCUCCAUGCACUGCCGUGCAAACUGCCAACGAAGACGAAGGCAAUGGCGGCGUCAGUUACCGGCCACCGUGAUCAUAGGCGGCAGGUCCAUAGCUAUGGCGCAAGGGACCCAACGCCCUGUUGCCUCCAGAAAUAGCAACCAUGGACUGACGUGGACUUCCCCGUUGAUACCGCUUCUUUCAAGUCCACGAUCGCUGUCAUUCCGAAAUCUCCUUUAUUGAAGAUUAUCGCUUCUUCUGCUCUGCUCCAGGAGUAAGCAAGUUCGGGUUUAGAGAGUGCUCUCCGGCCCACUCUCCGGUCCAUUAUUCACUCCAGUAUGGGUCCAGUAUGGCUUAUAAAUGUGACCAAGAGCUGAACAAAAGGUGUUAUACCGGAAACCCAAUGCUGCAGCUGAGUCUAGGUUGAGAUCGGAUUUCGGAAUCAUAUACCGACGCUCUACAUUAUAGAUGUAAGCAUUUAUCAGCAAAAAUGGAAUGCCAUUCUUUUAUAUAUUUUUGUCAUGAUCCGGUGACUAUUGCGGUAUCAUUCUAGUUGCACCACAAGUUCUUCAGCCACAGCACUUGGACAAAAGUCACGUCUUGAAAAUGGCGGAGACAAGUUCUCACAUUUUGGAUGGGCCUCCAAUAAGCUCAUCCAAGUCUUGGCAGGAUAGCUCAGUGCAGAAGAACGAUGGCACCGAGAAAAGCAUCUCUAGCGAUGAUGCAGAGCUCAAGUACGAGUAUCCCCACAAAUUCGCCCUCACACUUAUCCUCACAUCAGUUACACUGACCUAUUUUCUAUUCUUCCUUGAUCUUGCCGUCAUCUCCACGGCCACUCCAGCCAUAACCUCCGACUUUGACUCACUAGUGGACGUCGGUUGGUAUGGCGGCGCUUACCAGCUUGGAAGCGCAGCGUUCCAGCCGUUGAGCGGCAAGAUUUAUAGCCAGUUUCCCAUAAAGUGGACUUUCCUUGCGUUCUUUUUUGUCUUCGAGGUUGGCUCUGCCAUAUGUGCAGCGGCUCAGUCAUCACCCACGUUCAUCAUUGGCCGCGCUAUUGCAGGUGUAGGGUCUGCUGGAGUGGCCAACGGCGCUUUGACAACCAUUUCUGCCGUCCUCCCGACAAGGAAACAAGCUCUUUUCAUGGGGGUCAACAUGGGCAUGGGCCAGCUGGGCCUUGCAACGGGGCCAAUCAUCGGAGGGGCUCUUACCACGAAUGUGUCGUGGCGGUGGUGCUUUUAUAUAAACCUUCCCUUAGGUGUUAUUGUCGGCGGAUUCCUUCUUUUUAACACGAUUCCCGAACGGAAACAGAAAAGCGCUCCCCGAGAGAUUCUUAGCACCGCCAUCAAGUCGUUAGACCUCCCGGGAUUUAUGCUCAUUUGUCCCGCGGUCGUGAUGUUUCUCUUGGGCCUCCAGUUUGGUGGGAAUCGACAUCCCUGGAACAGCUCAGUUGUGAUUGGCUUGCUAGUUGGCGGCGCCGUCACUUUCGGCCUCUUUGUGCUCUGGGAGCGUCGGCAGGGAGACGAGGCCAUGGUCCCGUUUGCUAUGCUCAAACACAAAGUCAUUUGGUCGGCUGCGAUGACGAUGUUCUUCACCCUGUCCAGCGUUUUAGUGGCUGAUUUCUAUAUCGCAAUCUACUUUCAGGCGAUUCUCAAUGACUCGCCAUUCAUGAGCGGGGUGCACAUGCUCCCAAUCACUCUCGGUUUGGUCCUAUUUACCCUCAUCUCAGGCGUUCUGAUCUCCGUUAUGGGCUACUAUCUUCCAUUUCUUCUUGCGGGAGGUGCGAUAUCAGCUAUUGGUUAUGGCCUCUUGUCAACACUUAGUCCCACGACCCCAGCUGCAAAGUGGAUUUGGUACCAAAUUCUCUACGGCGUUGCAAGUGGUUGCACGACAACAGCUCCCUACAUCGCUAUACAAAAUCUCGUGCCCGCAGAGCAGAUCUCCCAAGCCAUGGCUAUUAUCAUCUUUUGGCAAAGCAUCGGCGCUUCCACCUCUCUGAUCGCAGCAAACGCCAUUUUCAGCAACAGCCUUCGUCAACAACUCCAGCAGCGCGUUGCACAAGUCGGCCGUGCGCCAGAUGUCAUAGUCGCGGCUGGGGUCCGCUCCAUCCGUGACCUGGUGUCUGGCUCCCAGCUAACUGCUGUGCUCGCAGCGUAUGCUAAAAGCGUCGACCGCGUCAUGUACCUUGGUAUUGCUGUUAGUAUUGCCGUUAUAGUGUUUUCUCCGGGACUGGGGUGGAAGGAUAUUCGCAAGGUCAAGGACCUCCAAGCUAUUAUUAGCAGCGAGACUUCUGGUGGUGAUAAGCAAGAGCCGGCAGGAGACGAUAAGUAGGAUAAUUGGCCAACAAGGGAUCAUAGCAUUGCUGCAGUCAUUCCUUUUCACAUAGCCUCCGACUGCUGGGGUCGUAUCGCUAACGUCCCUAGUAUGUUACUUUCGGUAACAUCGAUUUCCGUCCCGGCGUCCCCAAGAUCAGUUUUACUGUCCUUGUAAUUUAUUGGGAAAUUGACCCUAUUCAGGAAAUGAAGUUGGUUGGAUAAUUCAUAGAACCUUUUAAUAUUAUCGUUUUGGUCAAUUAUUGUCACUCAGUCGCUACUUGUUGGAUGUUGAAUGGGCGAUAAAAUUCGCCUGGCAGAGAACAGAAUUACUGACAUGAUGAGUCGGUUCAUUGGUUAUUCUCCCAACAACCUCACGCAAGGUGGCUCCCCUUAUGAAGGUCAACCAACAUGUGCAAUUCCGGCUCGCUCUCCACGUCCUUGCACGCACUUUAACAGACACAUUAAAUUGGAGAAUUUUGGUCGUGGGACCAGUGACUGCAACAAAAUAUGUACAGAGCUAUCCGGAAAAAGAAGCGGGGAAAUAAGGGUAUAUUGCAUAACUACAAAAAUUCGAAAUCCCUUGUCCUCCCCUAAAAUUAAUAAAACCCUAUUUCUAGUUUCCAACCUCGAUUCCAAUGUCCCUUCCAACUACAGAGUCACAACAAGCUUCUUUCUUGACACACCCUUUCGUUGGAGAUCCAGGGCCUCUUGAAUCUUAUCUAGCCCCUGGCCCACAACGUGCGGGGGAGGGGCGGGCACAAACUGGUGGCUCUCAAGCGCCUGCGGCAGGAAGUCCAUAUAGAGUCGCGACACGACGCUGGUAGGCUCAAUAAGGUCAUUGACCAGAAUGAAUUUA